GUGAGUGUCAAGUGUGAAGGCAAUUUGAUUUUUCUCGAGUUUUUGCUUAAUAGCUACUGGUUUGAGGAUCCAAUUGGUGGUUUAAUUGAUAUAAAUUUGUGGCCAGUAUAUAUAUGUUUAAUCGGCUGUUUGCUAUUGUUUCAUUUUCCAUGAUCUAUUUUUGAUUGUGUGUUGAGAUUUGAAUUGAUAUGAAAUGCCCCCAAUACUUUGAUAUUGAGAAAUUUUGGUGUUCAUUUGACAGAUUGCAGUAUUUUGGGAAAACUGAUGCGCCAGUUUUCGACGAUUUUUCGGGGAUCCGGGUUGGUCUUGAAUUGGUGUUUUGAGUGAUGGGUUGUGUUUAUUCCAAGACGUGUAUAGGCGAGUUGUGUGCUCCCCGGGGAGAAAUUAAGGUGCAAGAAAGUGGAGCUCUGAAGAAACCUAGAAGUGAAAUUGCAGUGUUUUCGCCUGCCGAUUCCGAUAGCGAUGAAGGAGAAAACGGAGACCAAUUAUAUCAGUUAAACUCCACUACUGAAGCUGGUAUUACUAGGCUCUCGAGGGUCUCGGCUCAGUUCUUGCCGCCCAAUGGAUCGAGGGUUGUGACAGUGCCAUCUGGCAGUUACGAAAUGCGAUACUCGUUUCUCUCUCAGAGAGGCUACUACCCGGAUGCACUCGAUAAAGCUAAUCAAGAUAGUUUCUGCAUCCACACUCCAUUUGGAGCCAGCCCGGAUGAUCAUUUCUUCGGUGUUUUUGAUGGCCAUGGUGAAUUCGGAGCGCAGUGUUCGCAGUUUGCGAAGAAGAAGCUAUGCGAGAAUUUGCUUCGGAACAGUCGGUUCCACAUGGAUGCAGUCGAAGCAUGCCAUGCAGCUUUCGUGGCAACAAAUUCGCAGCUGCACGCCGAUCAGUUGGACGAUAGCAUGAGUGGCACAACGGCAAUUACGGUUCUUGUUCGUGGCAGGACAGUUUACGUUUCCAAUUCGGGCGAUUCGAGGGCUAUUAUAGCCGAGAGAAGGGGGGGUGAUAUUGUAGCUGUUGACCUCUCGAUUGACCAGACGCCUUUUCGGCCAGACGAACUCGAAAGGGUGAAGCUAUGUGGAGCUAGGGUUCUUACGUUGGAUCAGAUUGAAGGGCUUAAAGAUCCGAACGUGCAGUGUUGGGGGACUGAAGAAGAAGAUGACGGCGACCCUCCUAGGCUUUGGGUGCAGAACGGUAUGUAUCCUGGUACAGCUUUUACGAGGAGUAUCGGUGAUUCUAUCGCCGAGACGAUUGGGGUUGUGGCUAAUCCAGAAAUUGUUGUUAUGGAGCUAACGCAGAGUAAUCCGUUCUUUGUGAUUGCGAGUGAUGGUGUGUUUGAGUUUCUUUCGAGCCAGAGUGUGGUGGAAAUGGUUGCAAAACAUAAGGACCCACGUGAUGCUUGUGCUGCAAUUGUUGCUGAAUCAUAUCGUCUCUGGCUACAAUACGAAACUCGAACCGAUGACAUUACUGUGAUAGUCGUACAUAUAAACGGUUUAAAUGAUGCUGCAUUUGGUGAAUCGGCAAAGUCUGAUGCAGAGUUAAGACCUUUACCUCACGUGAUUGAAGUAUCGGGAUCAGAGUCUCCAUCUGUUGUGAACUGGAGAUCAAGAAAUCGUGCAAGGCAUGAUAUAUCUCGUGCACGUCUUCGUGCACUUGAAAGUUCUCUUGAGAGUGGGCAAGCUUGGGUUCCUUCUUCUCCAGCCCACAGAAAGACCUGGGAAGAAGAAGGUCAAAUUGAACGGUCCUUGCGCGAUCAUUUUCUUUUCAGAAAGCUUACUGAUUCUCAGUGCCAUGUAUUGUUGGAUUGCAUGCAAAGAGUUGAGGUUCAAGCCGGAGAGAUAGUGGUACAGCAGGGUGGAGACGGUGACUGUUUCUACGUAGUCGGCAAUGGGGAGUUUGAGGUUUCUGCAACUCAGGAAGAGAAAAACGGAGAAGUAUCCAGGGUACUACAGCGGUACACUGCUGAAAAAUUAUCUUCAUUCGGGGAACUUGCACUGAUGUACAACAAGCCACUCCAAGCUUCUGUUCGAGCUGUGACCGAUGGAAUUCUGUGGGCGCUUAAAAGAGAAGAUUUUAGAGGAAUUCUCAUGUCCGAGUUUUCUAAUCUAUCCUCAUUGAAGUUACUUCGAUCAGUAGAUCUUCUAUCAAAGUUGACAAUCUUACAGCUGAGUCAUAUUGCAGAUUCGCUUUCAGAAGUGUCUUUCUCCGAUGGGCAGAAAAUAGUCGAUAAGAACGAAGACCUCUCGGGUUUGUACAUCGUACAAAAAGGAGUCGUAAAAGUUACUUGUGACUUGAACUCAGUAAAAAGUGUCGAUAUAUCCAGUCUCGUACCUGAAAUUGAGAAACCGAAUGAUGAUAUGUGUAAUAAGAGUUUUUCUGUUGAGAAAACCGAGGGGAGUUAUUUUGGGGAAUGGACGCUUCUCGGUGAGAGUCUCUCUUCAUUGACUGCCGUUGCUUUGGGCGAUGUAGUGUGCUCGAUUUUAACGAAGGAGAAGUUUGAUUCAGUUGUGGGCCCUCUGGCAAAGCUUUCACGGGAUGAUCAUAAGUCGUCGAAGCACUAUACAACUAAUUUAUCCUCGGAAUCCGACAGAAAGUUUGAUACUUCAACAAUUAAGAAUAUUCAGCUUGCUGAUUUGGAGUGGAGAACUUGUGUGUAUUCCACAGACUGCAGCGAGAUCGGCCUUGUACGUGUUAAAGAUUCAGAAAAUUUGCUUAGUUUGAAAAGAUUUUCGAAGCAGAAGGUUAAAAAACUCGGGAAAGAAGAAUUAGUACUGAAGGAAAAGAAACUAUUGAGUUCUGUAAGCCAGUCUCCUUUCGUACCUCGAGUUAUAUGCACUUGUGCCGACCAAUCAUAUGCCGCCGUACUUUUGGACACACGUGUAGCUUGCUCCAUGACACCGAUAAUUCACAAUGCACUCGACGAAACUUCUGCACAGUUUUGUGCUGCAUCUGUUGUUAUUGCCUUAGAAGGUUUGCACAAGUGUGGAAUUCUCUAUCGAGGUGUGUCCCCUGAUGUUCUAGUGUUCGAUCAGACGGGGUAUAUACAGCUAGUGGACUUCAGAUUUGGGAAGGAGUUAUCUGGUGAUUCUUUUGAGAGGGCAUAUACCGUUUGUGGUAUGGCGGAUUCUUUGGCUCCUGAAGUAAUCCAAGGGAAAGGUCAUGGCUUUCCCGCUGACUGGUGGGCUUUGGGAAGUUUGAUUUACUUCAUGCUACAAGGUGAAAUGCCUUUCGGAUCUUGGAGAGAAAGCGAGCUCACGUUCGGGCGAAUAGUCAAAGGACAGCUCACACUUCCCCAUAAUUUCAGCGUCGAAGCUGUUGACCUCAUAACUAAGCUACUGGAGGUAGACGAAAGUGCGAGACUCGGAAGUCAAGGUGUUGACUCGGUCAAAUCCCAUCCGUGGUUUGAUUGUGUCGAUUGGAAAGGAUUAGCAGAUCGGACGGUUCCUGUUCCACCCGAGAUUAUCUCGCGUAUAAAACUGUACCUCGAAAGUCACUCCGAUGAUACAGAAUCUUCAGUAUAUUCUCCGACUCGAGAUUUGGAAGAACUCAACACACCAGAAUGGCUUGAGGACUGGUAAGAAAAUAAAAACUUUUUGCUCCUUCGAUGGAGUUUUUCCGACUCGGCGUAAUUUGUUUGGAAAACGGUAAAAUUGCUUACAUAUAUAUAUAUAUAUGGUACUCAUCAAUUUUAUUUUAUUUUCCCCCAAUUUUUUUUAUAAUUGUGAAUAGGUAGAUUAUGUAAAUGUAUGAAGACAUUAAUUAUGAGAUGAUGCAACAUUAUCCCUACUUAUGAAAAUUCAUAGGUUUGUGUAUCCUAUAUACAUUUAUGAUUGGAAGCCCUUAAGAGAAAGGGAUUGAAAUAUAUUUAUUAUACUUUGGGAUUAAA